UUCAGAUAUCCUAAAAACUGCGUUGUUAAAUUGCUAAUUUAUCAGUACUUCAGAGUUCAGACUUCAGUGGCCUUCAAAACCUUGAUGCUUUCAGAAAUUAAUGCCAUACAUUAGUAAGUUCUGAUAAGUACUUGUACUGUCGUACACUCGUACAUUAAACUAGCGGUGGUUGUUAACCACAUUAUUGCACGAGCGCGAGCGCCAAUACCACUGAGUAGUGUACUGGGUUUAUGGAACUGAAAAGUUAGUCGUGACGCUCUUCGUGGCGUCAGACAGAUUUAUGCUCUUGACGAUCAGUUAAUUGCAGCACCAAAUAAUAUUGCAAAAUAUUAAAUUUUGCAAAAGAUUGCAAAAUUAUUACUAAUACAUAACUCGUUAUGGAUACAACGUGUCGUACAGGUACUUUUAGCUACUGCUCAGUGCUCACUGCUGUGACUGCCCAGUUCAGAUUAAUUUAACCGCCAACCGUGGUUAGUUGCACUAACCAGCAUCUGUGUAUUUGUCAGGCUGACUCAAGCAUAUACCGGUACUUGUAUAAUUACUUAUAAGAACAAAUGAACAAUAUAUAAUUAUUUUGCAUACCAGUAUCUGACGCAUAUUAAGUAUGUGUAAAUUAUAAAUUUUAUGAUUUAAAAGAGUACAAAAUGUUUGCCCACAAUUAAACAAAAAAGACAACCCUGCGGAUUGAAAAAGACAAUCUCAUGGCGCUAAUGGAUUGUACAGGUAAGUUAUCUGACACUGCCAUCUAACACGGUUGGCGGUUACGCAUACUGGACAGUUCUGACUGGACCCCUUCAUCACUAUUCACUAGUGCUGGAACAUCGCGAUACUGGAGCCCCGGCUGCUGGGAAACCGGAUGGUGCUCUCUGUGAUCGGCUGUGCGGUGACCGUGGGUCAUCCUGAAGCCGGUCGACCGGGGGUCGGCGGUGUCGCAUACUGGUUAGGGCAACCAUCCACGGUUGACAUCCAGAUCAACCUCUAGCGACGAAAGUCAGGAAACGCGGCAUGUAUAAUGGGAACAGCACCACCGGCGACGAAUUUAGGCGAAAUCUUUGGUGUUAUUCGCGCGCCUGGGUUUGUAGACGUUGCUGUGAUGAGUCCCUCUGGAUGAGCUGGAAGCCAUGUCGUGGUGUCAGACGAUACUGGCAGACACUAAUCAAGUGAGCUGCCGUAACACGGUCGCCGUUCGCAAUCCUGACGACAUUUGGUGGUUGGGUUACAUUCAGGAUAUCAACGGCGACCACGCCUUCAUCCAUUUUAACUCCACAGUAGUCCAUGCUCGCUGGAUUCACAUGAAAGACAUCUGGCCUCUGCCAUCGUAUUUCGACUCUGAUAUUUACAGAAGGGAAGGUUAUGAAAACACUAAAAUAUUUGCGGCACUGCGGGAUGAAUAUAACGGUCCGUUUCGUAUGCGGCCAGCCAUUAUACUACACAGACUUCCGGGAUGUAGCCCGUGUUGUUGGAUGUUUUACAUCAGAACCGACGGUUCUGGCAACGACGUCCCCGCACAAAAAAAAUACGUUGACCUUGUCCACGAAAGUCAAGUGGCCAGUGAGAUGCCACCAAGCGGUCCCUCGUUACUGGACCGUCGCAGCGGUUUCCUGUAUACCAAGCACUUCAUCCCUUUCCAUCACGCGAAAGAGGUUUUUAGAGAGCCUUCCGAUAAAUUUCGCAUCGUCCUGCAUAUGUCUGACGAUCUUGGGCCCAAAAUGAAUGUAAAACAUGAAUAUCUGACGAGCUGCUGCCGAUUCCAUCUGCGCACCGAACCCGAGGGUUGUAUAUUUGUCAUCGGAAGUCUAGGAACUGACGCGGAACUGAUGCGCGGAAUGGCUACAACCUUGACGAAAAUUCUGGAAACCCAUCUUGCCAGCCGAGCCGAUCUACCAUCUAUUAAUAAUCGAAUAUUUUCCGAAAGUGAACGUACCCUUGGCGAAGCUGAUAUCGAAGUUAAUGGAUUGCUGCGUCCGUCCGUGCCUGCUGUCUGUGUCCGUGAUUUGACACCUUCGCUAAUGAGCGACAUCUUGUCACAUUUGGACUUGCAUUCACAGAUGAGAGCUAAACGGGUGUGCGUCUUGUGGCAGUUGCUACUGAAAAGCUCCAGCAUGAUGGAACACGUUAGUAUCUCUUUCGAAAGCUGUUGGCGCCUCAAAGUGGACACUGACAACUGCUUCAAAGCAGCCUCUCUGCUCAGCCGCUCAUUAAGCUCAGCGACAAUCUGUCUCACAGUGUUGAAUGUCUUCCCGCCAGAGCGCGGUUUUUUUUUGGGUUCGAUGUUAGAUGCCUUGGAAAUUGAGCUACCGUUUCUCAUGUUCAAAAACUUCAUUAACGUCAAACCACGAGGAGCGUUCCAAGAAAAAAAAUCACGUUUAAAGCAUGGGAUGGCGGAACAUUUAACUCCGUACAAGCACUACUGCAAGUUCCUCUUACUGCAGAACUGGAAAGUUUCUGACCUUUUUGGACAACAAAUGUAUGCCGUCUUUAGCAAGCAGGUGGUUUGCCAUCACCAUGAGCCAUUCCCCGGCGUGACUUCCCUUCCCCUGCCAGCGCACGAGCAGGAGUGGAUGGUGCGUCUCACAAGCCAGCCGCUCGAACUGGCCAUUGACAAACUGCAGAUCACUAUUCCCAAGCUCCUUCUGCGCUGCAGCGAUGGCAAGAUGCACAUGGCCAGUCGUCUGAUGUGCGCCUUGAACGACAACUUCCCUCCGGUCACGGAGGACAUGUUGGCAAAGGUCAUGGCUGUCCAUGUGCGUUGGCAGCGCACCCUCACCUACCCCGAGGACUGGCAGCGCAUUCGCAACUACCUUCUUAUGUUCAGCGGCUUUCACCCCGACGGAAGACCAAAAGUGUGGGACGAUGUCGAUCUGAGGGUUGUUGAUGUACGCACAUGGAGUAAAAUGGCCAUAUACGGGAUACACGAGGUGUUCCGCUUGUGAGACCAUGUAAAUGCUGCCACACUGAUCUCGUUGGGGAAUUAUUUCGAUUAUGAGUGUCAGGAUAACACUAGCAUGGAGAGACGCCGGAUAACCAGAGAAGAAAAGCAUCGGCCAUUCCGCUGUCAACUGUCAUACAUAUCUUUAAUCAAUUUUAAAUUAGAGCUGCUUUCACAAUUUCUGUCCUCGAAAUUCAACAUCGAUAAAUGGAGUUAUAGUUUUUUCUUCCUUUUGGAUGUCCAAUGAGAUGUCCUUUGUGUGGCUGUUCACCGUUCAGCGCAUUUCUUGCCUAAAUCUUCUCGUUUUUGUUUUUUGCAUGAUUUAGAAGGAAGUUCGUUUCCUUCUGUUCUGUUUGCGUUGUUUGUUCAGUUCGGUGAUUAAGCAAUUGGGAGGUUC